AUGAGCGGGGCGAGGCUGUGCGGACUUCUGGAGGCGCUAGGUUUCGAUGGCUACGAUCUACUCGAUCCAGACAGCUUCGAGUGGCCCUUCCAAUACGAGGAGGCGGGCGCCGUUCUCGAGUGGAUGUGCUCUAACCUCCGCCCGUCGAACGUUCUCUCCCCAGCGGAGCUCUCCCAGUUGCGUAUAAUGACUCUCUUUGGACUUCCCAACCCUGGUUCACUUUGAAUUACGAAUGGUCAUCUGCGAUAACUUUUUACUUGAUGUUUAUUUCAUCGCUGACUUGGGUGAACAAUGCGGGUGGACGUAUCAGGUACGAGCAACUCCUGCACGAAGGGAAGCUGCUAGAGGUAUGUUCGUCCUAUUUCUAAUGCCAUCAGGACAACAUUGUUUGGCGGUUGAACGAUGUUCAUUUCAUGCUUUUUAAUGUUCUAGUUGAAAGAACUAGAAUAUCUGUCCCAGGAAAUCGAUGAUUGAUUCAUAGAAAAAUAUUUUUUCUGAAAAAUUAGAUAUGUACCGAAAGUAAUCUUGGGACAGACUCCAGGGUAUAUAAAUACCUAAAGAUGAACUUUAGGUAAAUGCUAGUUAUAGAAUUGAGAUUACCCGAAGAUGAAAAGAAAUAUGCAUAUUUUUUCCGUCAUCUUGUAUUUCACAUGAUUGUAGAACUGUAACCCAUUCAUGUAUUGUUAUCAACUCAGAACAUUUUUGUCUCACUAUAAAAGUUCUUGUUUUGUGUAUGGAUUCACUUUCCAGGGAGAGGAUUUAAAUUCUGCAUAUGAUAGCAUUUCUGCUUUUUCAAGUAGGAAAGACAGCCAAGAUGCAGUUUUUGGAACUGAAGAGAGAUUAAUUGAUAUCAGGUAAUAACGUUCUCUGGUGUCAUUGCCAUUUAUAAUCUCUGUCAUAACCUUACUAUCUAGUAUAUACCUAUGUUGGAGUGUGGAGGUCCUAUCUGGUGCACAUUAAACUAUUGUAGUCCUUUGUACAGUGUGUAGCUUGAAGCUUAUUGUGGUUUUAUGUUGAAUUACUGAUGGAAGAUAUGUUGUAGUGAUGUAAGUGUAUAUUUGUUCAUAUGGUACUUCACUUUCGAUUUUCAGAAAGGAAAAACAUGCACGCAGGAUCUUAUCGGACUAAUAAUUUUAUAAAUAUCCUUUUUCUUACUCUAAUCUUGUCUCCCUUAUCAAGUUUUUCUUCAUGUUCUUGAUUUUCUUUGUUGCCAUGUUUGUCAGCAUACUUUUGCAUUUAUGUUUCACGGAAAGCUUCCAAGCUAUUUUGGAUGUGUUAUUAUCAGCUGCCCAACUUAUUUGUCACCCUGUGUGAUUUAUAUUUCCCUCGUUUUUUUUAUGUACCUUUAUUCCUCAGUUUUACUGUAAUCUGCCAUGUUGAUUUCCCAUCCUGAGAACUUAUAUGUACAGCAUCAAAGAUAACACCUUCCCCAGUUUCUUUCUUUUAUAUAAAUGAAGAUACGAGGCAAUGCUGGUGUUUAUAUUCUGAAUUUACACUAUUCUACCAUAAUUGCCUUUUGUCUGUGCUUUUUAUUUCAAUCAAUGUGACCUUUCUUCUCCUUUUAGGGAGGCAAAACUGGCCUAUAAAGCGGAAAUUUUGGAGCUUCAAAAACAACUUUCACGUAUUCAGACACAGUUCGAUUUGUUAGCUGGUCAGGCUUCAUCAUUGAUCCAAGGAAGGAGAACGCGAGUUACUGCAACAUCUUCAGUCAAUGCACACCUUGAAGCUUUAGAAGAGAAGCUCUCUGCUAGGAAUUUAGAGGUAGAUGGAUGGCUUCUAUGUGGGAAGUAAUUUUUCUGAUGUGAUGAAAAACUUAUGCAUCUAGUUUCCUAAGGUCUUAUUGAGUUCACCACGAAGCUUAUUUCGUAUAUUUUCCUUGAAUAGUAUGCCUAGCCUUCGCCUGUUCCUACAUAUUCUGGGUCUAAUUCGUUUGGAUUCUGAUCACAUCUCCUUCUGUAUGAUUCCUAAGGUGCUUCUUUGUUACAAAGCACAGCAUUAGUUUCUCUCUCCAAAGGAUAAGUCUUUCUUCUUGAAAACGUUUUAUCUUCUGAAUACCAAGAAUAAUCUUCCUUUCCUCUUCUUUUGAUCCUUUUAAGGUUGUCUGACAGGAUUAUUCACCUUGAGGAUCGUAUAAUCAUGCAUGUAGAGUCAAUGAGAAACGAUUUGCGAUUAGUAAUUGCUUGUAUUUUUAAAAAUUAUUUUUCAAAAUGGGGACAGGGGAGACAAAUAGUUUUUCUGUCUACUAUUGGUUACUAGAACAUACGCGUUAGGGAAAUAGUUGGUUUUAGUCAGACUCAUAUUCAAAUAUGUUUCUUUUGAAUUCUGAUCCCUGUGAUAGUGCCUUUUAACUCCGACUAGAUUACCUAUGCGGAGGUUAUAAUUAGUUAAAAAACUAUUUUGAUUGUAAGGAAGGUUCCUUGAGAUGCCUUUGAAUGAACUUAUUCCAUUACAGUAUUUUAAUCUCUGCCUUCAUUUUUUCCCUGUAGAUGAAUGCAGUUCUUGGGAAAAUCGCAUCUACUGCUGAGGAGUUAGCACGGUACCACAAAAGGACAGGUAUGUCUUUCUGCCACGUCAUCUGUAGCAUAGAGGUAUAAUUAUUAUUUCAAGGACUACUCUGCUGACAUAUGUUGACAAACAUUUGGCAGACAAUUUAAUCUGUUACGCAUUUAAUUUCUUUAGUUUGAUUCUGGAGCACAUAUUACCCUGCCCGUUGUAUCAUGAUUUAGAUACUCUCAUAAGCAGAUUCCUUGGUUGGUGAAGUGUGUACUCUAUUUCACUUUUUAUCAAUUUUCGUAUGUAAGCAACUUUGUCUUAUUUAUGUUUUUCGGCAUCUGAAUGACUAUUUUGUAUAUUUUUAUGUGCAGUGGAUGGAAUAUACUUGUCCUACUCUAACUUUGAACCAUAUCGUGUUUGUGAUGAAGCUUGUGCAAAAGAACUGAAGCAAUGGUUUGUUAAACAAUUUGAUAUGGUAUGUAUGCAACUUUCAGAACCAUUAUGUUGUUCUCAUAUGCCAACGUCAUUGGUUUCACUAUUCAAAGCGUCCGCUUUAAACUCUUAACUGUCAUGAUGUAGAAACUGAGACAGAAGUAAUUAAAUUAACAUAAUAGAUUUAGAGUCAUACUUAGUACUUUAAAAAAAUCCACUUGGUUUUAACUUCUUUUCCUAGUUGUGCUAUGCUCAAGCUUUUUGUUGUGCGGAAGAUUAUGGUUUAAUUUUUGUCACACAAUGUGGUUUAGAGUUUAUGUACUUUGGUAGGCAUUCAGUUAUUUUCUCACUCUCUGAAUCAGGGACCAUUCAGACUGAUUGCUGAGGAGGGCAGGUCUAAGUGCUCAUGGGUGAGCCUUGAUGAUAUUACGACUUGCUUAGUUCCAGGUGAUUUCUCCCAUUAGACUUAAUCCUAUUUAUGUUCAAUUGGCUAUUUAUACUUUAGGUAUCUCCCUGAAUUCUGAAUGUAUUUUAUGUUUGGUGUGUACUCAUCACAUGUGAUCUUAUUUUCAAAACUGCUGCUUCGUGGAGUUAUCUAGUUAAUCUGGAAAGAUGCAACAUCCAUUCUUAAUUUAGACAUUUAAAAUAAAAAUAAUUAGGACAUGAGAAUCAGUCAUGCACCGUGAAUACCUAGACUUGAAGCACAUGGCCGGACCAAUUUCACAACAAGAAUGACAUCUUAUGGACUUGGUGAAUGACGUAAUAGGGACUUCUUGGCUGAUUUAUUUUACAAUUAGUAUCAUGCAUGGCCUUUCCUGCAUCAAGAAAAUUCGUAUUUUCAGUGAAAAAUAAUCCUAUAUUCACAAAUGGUUUGUUAAAUACCAAUUUUCCUAGAAAUUUUAAAUAAGGUGUUGGCACUGUGUCACGAGGAGACAAACCCCAAACUCUAACUCAUCGAAAAAAGGGAGGAAACAAUAACGUGUGCUGACUGAUUAAUGCUUGGGUCUCGUAUUCAAACCAGACCUACAGUACAGAGGUUGAACUGGACCGGACCAGAUCAGAACGGUUCGACACUUAAGUAAUAAAGAAAAGGAUACAAUGAAAGAAGGAAAAAGUACUACUCAUUUCUAUAUAAGUCAUAAUAAAUUAUUGGAAUUUCAAAUUUCAUGGAAGUAUUGAAUGGUUUAAACAUCAGUUUAUUACUAAAUUUGAUAUGGUUUGAGCAGUUCUUAGCCAUUUUGAAUUUCUUUUCAUCUAUAGGGUAGAAGAUGACUUUUACUGAACCGUUUAAAAUAGUGGGCUCGUGGAUGAUAAUUGUUGAAAAUGCAUAUGGAAUGAGCAGCUGCUCUUUAGACUAUUACAUUACAAGGUCAGUAAUUAAUAUUCAAAUGAGAAAGACUAAAGGUCUGACAUUCUGGAGGAUUGAAGGACAUGAACAGCAAGGUAGGAAAUAGAUCAAUGGUUUUUUGCUUUUCGUUUAUUGAUAUUUUUCUUGUGCGUCUCACUGCAAAUAAGUUGCAUAUUGGUGUUUAAAAAAAGUUUAUUGGCUUGGCAUCAGUACGUAUUUGACUUCAACUGACUUUUUCAACAUUAAAUAUUUUAUCGUUUACGGCCUACUAUUUGUUAUUUUCUAUCAUUUAGGGGAGCAAGUAAACAUUUAUCUUUGAGAAGGGGAUUUUAAAGAUUUGAGUGUCUUGUUUUCGUGAAUUUCGUUUUUUUAUGUAGGGAACUCAGAGAAGCCUCAUCAUCAUCGUAUAGCUGAACUACAGAGACUUCGAUCUAUGUUAGUCGUUUUUAUUCUUCUCUUUUGCAUUUAUUUCUUAAGCAGAUAAUGUUUCUCCUACUAGAUUACUUCUAUACUUUUUAGAUGGAUUGAAAAUCAAAGAUGAAUUUGAUAAAGCAAUUACUCUCUAUGCUUUAUGAAAUUUUUGUCUCGUUGUUUCAUCCCAUUGGAUGAUACGUGGAUGGAAUUUAGGAACGAUAGAUUUAGAGAACUGAGUUUGGCUUUCUUGAUUUUCAUUCGUUGUAAGCUCCAAAGAAUAUAGUCCUACUAUUGUAACGUCCAGAUCAGUAAUUUCAAAGCUAUCCAACUGCUCCAUUUAUCUAGGGGGAUGUGUUUAGUGAAAUAUUGGCGUCAUAUACGACUUCAGACAUGCUAUAUAAUAUGCACUAUCAUUAUUGGUAUCAUGCUACUUAAUGUGCGUAGCAGGUAAGUUUGUGAAAUUUUUAAUAAUCAUUUCCAGGUUGGCCCUAUCUAUUCUCCCUGACUUGUUAAAUAUGCAGAUUUGGAAUAAGUGAAAAACAGCUGGUAGAAGCCCAGGCUGAGAACGCUAGGCAGCAAGCAGUUCUCUCUAUGCUGAAGACACAGAUAUCAUCUGAUGAGGCUCACAUUCAUCGUGAUAAUCAUUUUCUCCGGUAUGUUUGUUGAUUAAUGAUAUACAUCUGUUGACCUAAUUAGUUUUAUGUUGAAAUAGUCAUGCAUCUUUAAUAUUUUCCAUUCUGUGGUUCCUUUGUUACACUAAGUGGCUUCACUUUGUAAUGGGAAACACGUCUGACCUUGAUGUCACUUCUGAACUGUUGUCCAAUCACCUAGCCAACUAUUCAAUAUAGGAGAGGGUGUUUUUCAUUCCUUGUUUGAUGGAGAACCGUGCAUUCUAAUUUGGCAUCGAUAAAUAGAGAACCCUGUGUUAGUUUCUGAUGAUAAGGAUCCAUAUACUGCGAAACUUCCCAAUUGAUGACACCUGGCCUCUUAAUAAUGUGUGCUUCUUAAAAAAAAAAAUCUCUGUGACAUCCUUGUUGCUCUUUCUGAGGGAUUUAUCUUUGUUUUUGUUUCUCUGUGGGCGCCAAUGGUUUUCUUGCAUCUAACUCGUUAUAAUAAUCUUGACUCUUAUGUAUAUUUCUUAGAUCCUUUGAGAAGAAUUUCCAAUCAUGAAGGAUGAGACAAUCAGAUCACUGAGCUAGUGGUAGAAUGCUUUGCCAAAGGACCAAGGAAAGAGCACUGAACUUUCUGGUCUCUGUUGGGUUAUGGACAAUUUGGGGUUGAAAGAAGUAAUUGAACAUUGCAAAAAAAAUUAUUCGACUUACCAUUGUUCCCAGGAUCGUAGCUAGAUGUUUUAUUCUCUAAUUUGCUGCAAGUGUCAUUGGAAGCCCUUGAUGAACUUUAGCAGGGAUAAAAUUAUCACUUCAUGAUUACCUGCAAAAGGCAUCAUUCUAUUCUAUCAAACACUGCGUUCAACUCAAUAUGUCACCUUGUCUUGUGCCCCAGGGUCGAUCCUUAAAGUGUGUAUGUUUCUUUUUUGGGUUUGGGGGUUGGAAAAGGGGUAAGGGCUGUAAUGUAAGUCCUGUAUGUUUAUGUUAAUGGAUGGAAUGUCUUUAUCAUCAGAAUUUCAAAACCAAUUAUGGAGGAUACCGAUGGACAAAACUGAGUAUUCCUGCGAACAUGGAGUGUAGGAAGUAGCAGAACCUGGCAACGCUUUCCAUAUGAAUUAUUAUUUUCGUUACUAUCACGUGUUGGUCAGUUAUUUCCUGUAAGAUAACGUAAAUAACUUUCAAGUUGGUCCUUGUUUCCCCUGCUCUCCUAAAAAAAGGUUAUAGAAUCCAGUGGAAACCUAUGACUUGCAUAGUGUAAGGCAGGUUCGCUGAUGAAAGAGCUUGACCAUUGAAACACCACUCACAUCCAUUGAGUGCUACGUGUUGAUUGGCGCUCCUUGUUCACGAAUUAUUCAUCAAAAAGAGCCAUAUUAUGUUUUGACAAUUUCUUAGUUUGCUCGUUGUUUUUAUUUUUCCUGAGGGAGGGAGGGGCGUUUUGAAAAUAUCAAGCUCAACAGUUUCUUCUUUGUUCUCUGAUAGAUUGUAAUCAGACAUAGCUUAUCUCACCAUGUCUUUCGUUAUCUAAACUUAUGAUUCGCUAUCUCAAACUUAUGCUGCGAUUAUCACUAUUGUUAUCUUUUCAAUAAAGCUUCUGUUUUUUGUCAAGACACCUUAGUUUUAAGUUAACGUUUUUCCUUUCUCUUCAUGCUGCUUUUGCCUUCAUUAUGAAUUAUUUACAAAACACCUGACAACUUAAUUUACCUGCAGGAGAAAACAUUCUGAAUUAACAGCAGAACUUUCAGAGCUUUCCCGCAAGGAGCAACAAUUACUAUCUGAGGUUUGUGCAACAGUUUGACCAUCAGACAGUCAUGUAGUUAGAAUGUUCAUGGAAAAUUCCCUAAUGAAAAAAUAUUUACACUUAAUCUUGGAUAUCUCAGGUACUUAGUUGCUUUAAUUGGGAAACUACGGUUAAUGAAAGUGCCAUAUCUUCAUGGUGAUUAUUUGAAUUUUUCUUUUCUUCAGACUAUUCCACAUCUGUGUUCCGAACUGGCGCAGCUUCAAGAGACAUACAUACUCCAAGGCUUGUUGAAAAUGACCAUUUCCAUGUUUUCUUUAUGAACUUUCGCUCCCACUUAUUCGUACUCAUUCACGCCUACAUUCUUGACCUCACAGGUGACUAUGAUCUGAAGGUUACGCGCCAGGAAACCUAUAUUGCUCGGCAAAAAAUAGUAUGCACAUAGUUCUUCUUCUUUGAUAUUUCAACCACGACAGUUUCAUAGCCAUGAAUCGUAAUUUAUUUCAUAUUCCAAAACAAUAAUUACAUUAUGCAAUAUUUUUAUGUCAUUAUUACUUAUUUGACGCUGGAAAUAUCCAGACUGACUUUCUUAUGGAAUCUCUCUCUCUCUCUCUCUCUCUCUCUCUCUCUCUCUCUCUCUCUCUCUCUCUCUGUCCAAGACAUAAACUCGCUCUUUCAAAACAAAAAUUGCUCUAGUGAACUGGAAUCAUUGCGUACAUGAUAAUGAAACUGGAUCAGCUUUUUCCAUGAAUGUUGGCAUUGAAAAUAUUAUUUCGCUUUGUCAAAGGGAACAGUUCCAGAAUAGAUUUCCACUGUUAAAGAGGUUACUCUUCAUGGCUCAGAUUUCUCUUCUAUGUUUGUGCAGUACAUCAACCAUCUGGUUAAUCAGCUUGCUAGGCAAUGUUUUCUGAAGAUAACUUGUGAACUGGAGCGGAAAAAUAUUUUGAGAGCCUAUUCUCUCCUUAGAGUUAUCAAACUUGAAUUGCAAAGCUAUCUGAUGGCAGCCAACUGCCGAGUGGUAUGUUAUGACCUUUAAUCAUCUUUAUCAUUAUGUAUCCUGUAGAAUUGCGACAUAGGCAUAAAAUUGGCGUUCCUUGCCAUUUCGUUCGUCCAGUUUGUGGUUUAUGUAAUAAGACUAUUAGGCAUUAAUCUUUUUCAUUCUAAAACUGCUGCAGGAACAUUGCUCAACUCUUAUUCAGAUUUCUUCUGAAAAACAUGAGCAGGGAGCAGUUGAUGAUCGUGAUAUUUUUCUGCAUGGUGUUAGGGACCUUUUGUCCAUUCACUCAAGUAAACGUGUAGUAUUGUUGAGUGAUAGCAAAAAAAAAUCCUUGUUUAUGCAUGUAUAUCAGUUGUUCUCUUUUUCGCAGACACUCAAGGUGGGGCACCAUCAUAUGUCUCAGCACCUGGCAUUGUUCAACAGAUAUCUGGUCUCCAAUCUGACUUGCUUUCGCUUCAAUUUGAACUCGAUAGUUCCCUCCCUGAAGACAGAAGAAGAUGUAUAAAUGAGCUGUAAGUGGUUCUUACGAUUCUAAGAUAAUUUUCUCGGAUGAAUAUGUUGACUGUACAUUCUGCUAAUAAAUUAUCGUGACUGGGAUUCGUUAGCACAACUCACGCGGAACCGAGUAUCUUUUGGUUUUUAUCGGGUUGUUCAAGUGAGUAUAAUGCAUCAGUGCUCUCGAUUUGUGUUUCGAGUAAGGUUUAUUUACAAAAAUAUCUCAAACCGUAUAAAUAGUAUGAAAGUAGUAAAUAUCUGUAUGAACUAAAAUUGCAUUGGGAUAGGUUUUUCAGAAAUCCGUGUGCAUGCAUUCUCUGAGAAGCUUGGUCUAAAAGUAGUACAUUGGUAUUCCCCCCAAAUCGGUCGGUGCAGAGGAUUACACUCAUAGGAUAAAGUGAUUUUUACAACACUUAAAUUUGUGGAAAUCCAGAAAGAACAAACUUUGUUUCUGGCUUGAAAAACAUAGAGUCAUAUGAUGUGUUAAUAUGUUAGAGAAAUCUGUGUUAAGUCCAGAACGAACAGACAUUGUUUUUUUCCCAGUAUUCAUUGUGGGUUCUAUUCGCAGUUGAUAACAGUUCCUAAGUGCAUUUUCCAGUUUUAGUUGUUUUCUUCUCAUUUAUCGGCGCCCCCUGCCCUCGUUUUUCUUUCCCUAACAAGUUAAGUGAUGAAUCCUUGUUAUUGCGGAACAACUGUAGUCUAUUUUGAGGGCAUGGGUCAGUCACCGGGAAAUUUUCAUUGAAUCCAAUGUCCGUAUACGGUCAGGGCAGGACGUUUCACCAACUCAAGGGUAAAAGCGAACAUUGAUAACUCAACUUAAAAUCUCAUCGACAUGCGAAAUUGGGAAAAUGAGAAAAGAACUUUGAAUCGUUCUACGCUAGACUUUGAUAUCCGAGUCCAACUACUAUUUCUCAUAGCCUAUCUUAUGUUUCAGAUGCAUUCUUAUGCAAAGUCUGGAGCAACUUCUUUAUUCGUCGUCUUCAGAACCAAUAUUGACAUCCAGGGUAACGUGUCUGCUCCAAUGUCUUCUUGUUCUUGCCUUUUUUUCACAUCUAUCUGCUCCAUUCUGUGAGAUGAGAAAAAUAACUGGUCUGCAACAUACGAUUAGGUGCUUGAUUGGAUUUCAGGAUUAUAUCGCCUGGUAUUCCUUUUACAGUUUUCCAUUCUUCUUGUUAUUGUCGCACUUAAUAUAAAUGUGAUAUUAGGAGUGGAAAAUAUUAGGAGUUAUGUAUUAUGUCGGUUAAUCUAGGUGGCUGAGUCUUAGUUUAGUCGCUUGCCAGCGAGUCAUCCUGUCUAAACUAUCCUCUAAUGAGCAUUGUCAGGUAUUCGCAACUUCGUGUUAACUCGUGCUUUUAUGUAUAAUUCAGCCAUUGACCAGAGCACUGGAUGACAUGGAAAAGGUCAACUCCCAGCUUUCUGCAUCUGUCGAGGAAGUAACCAAUGCACAUAGCCAGAAAGCAGAGGUAACCUUCGUCUUUUGCUUCAGUUUUUCUUGGUGGGCCAUGAAAAUAAGCAUAUUCAGAAUUAAGUCGAAGAAUCCCAUUGUUCUCCGUCAUUUGGCUUUUAUCAGAAUUAUCAGAUACUCGACAAGAAACUCCCCAUGAAUUCUUAUCGUUUGGCUUUUAUCAGAAUUAUCAGAUACCCAACAAGAAACUGCCCAUGAAUUCCUAUCAUUUGACUUUUAUCAGAAUUAUAAGAUAACGAUAAAUUCCCCACUAAUUCUUAUGGUUUGGCUUUUAUCAGAAUUAUCAGAUACUCAACAAGAAACUCUCCAUGAAUUCUUAUCGUUUGACUUUUAUCAGAAUUAUCAGAUACUCAACAAUGAACUCCCCAUGAGUUCUUAUCUUAAACGAAAAUUAUAUUUUCCGUAAUGCCCAUUUAUAUUAUUUUUAAACACAUAAGGACCAACCCCACGGUAACGGUAACUUCCUUUCGACCUGGCGCAGAUAAUCAAACAUCAUCGCGUGGAAGUGGGACGGGAAAGGCAGGUUUUUGUUGACUUUUUCUGCAAUCCUGAUCGACUAAGGAGCCAAGUGAGAGAGCUUGCUGCCUGCGUCAAAGCUCUCCAAGAGUAG